ACACAUACACACACACACACAUACACUGACGUCUUUUGCGCAUUUCCUGCAUUAGAGGGAGGGAGAAUCGCUCGCACGGUGAUCGAGGGAAGGAGAUCGCGGGCUGAGCGCUCUGGCCGGCGGCGAGCCGGCCGUGCCGAGAGCGCGGACGCGGAGAGCGAGGCGGGCGGGCGGGCGCCGGCGGCCGGGAGGAGGGGCCGUGCCGAGUCGCAGUCCCUGCCCCGCCGCCGCGCUGCGCACCGCCGGGUGCCGGCCUGCGCCCAGAACCCGAGCGGCGGCCACCUCUACCUCCCGUGCCCGCGCGGAUGUGAGAUCCCGGGAACCGGGCACCUCGCGAUCGCCAGCUGCGGCACUCCACUGCUUGGCCCCAGAGGCGGCGGCCGGGCUGGCUGUGAGGCUUGUGGAUUUUUAAAAAAUUUGGCUCCGGGGAGGACCAUUUCCUCUCGACAUGCAUCCCUCCGGAUAGACAGCACAUCCCUCAGUUCACCCUCCACCCCGCGCCGUCCGAGGCACUGGGUGGGCGAAGAGGAUCCGGGUUGAAAUCUGCGCCCCCGGUUCUCGUCCCCGCCCCGUCCCGUCGCCCCCUCCCCCUCCGGGACUCGAAAUUGCCGGGGGAUUAUGUUUCGGAAAGGUAGGUGAGCGCCGGGAGCGGCGCCUGCUUCUCCGCACACGGACCCGGAGAACCAGAGAGGCAGCGAGUCAGCCCCCGCGGGUUGCAGCGGAGGCGACAGCUUGUCUCCUCCUGUGGAGGUGUCGCCAGUGGUUGGGGGGGGAGAGACUUGCUCCAAAAACGGACGUCUCCAACUCUCCCCCCUCCCUGUUUUCCGUUAGGAAUCCGGCGAGGAAAUACAUGCACUCGCUGAGAAUCGCCGGCGCCAGGGCGCAGCGCCACAAGGUGUAGUGAGAGUGGGGUGGGGCGAGAGGGGACCCAGGAGUCCCCCAGGCUCCCAGCGUGCCUGCUGCCUGCUCUUCAUUCCUGCCCUCGGGGCGGACGGAGUGACCCCGGCUCUAGUUCCCCGCCCCGACCAUGGUAGUGUUCAAUGGCCUUCUUAAGAUCAAAAUCUGCGAGGCCGUGAGCUUGAAGCCCACAGCCUGGUCGCUACGCCAUGCGGUGGGACCCCGGCCACAGACUUUCCUUCUGGACCCCUACAUUGCUCUCAACGUGGACGAUUCGCGCAUCGGCCAAACAGCCACCAAGCAGAAGACCAACAGCCCGGCCUGGCACGAUGAGUUCGUCACUGAUGUGUGCAAUGGGCGCAAGAUCGAGCUAGCUGUCUUUCAUGAUGCUCCUAUAGGCUACGACGACUUCGUGGCCAACUGCACCAUCCAGUUCGAGGAGCUGCUGCAAAAUGGGAGCCGUCACUUCGAGGACUGGAUUGAUCUGGAGCCAGAAGGAAAGGUGUACGUGAUCAUCGAUCUCUCGGGGUCAUCAGGUGAAGCCCCUAAAGACAAUGAAGAACGAGUGUUCAGGGAGCGCAUGCGGCCGAGGAAGCGGCAAGGGGCUGUCAGGCGCAGGGUCCACCAGGUCAAUGGCCACAAAUUCAUGGCCACCUACCUUCGGCAGCCCACUUACUGCUCCCACUGCAGAGAUUUCAUCUGGGGUGUCAUAGGAAAACAGGGGUACCAAUGUCAAGUUUGCACUUGCGUCGUCCACAAGCGAUGUCAUGAGCUCAUUAUUACCAAGUGUGCUGGCCUAAAGAAACAGGAAACCCCUGACGAGGUGGGCUCCCAGCGGUUCAGUGUCAACAUGCCCCACAAGUUCGGGAUCCACAACUACAAGGUCCCCACGUUCUGUGACCACUGUGGCUCCCUGCUCUGGGGCCUCUUGCGGCAGGGCUUGCAGUGUAAAGUCUGCAAAAUGAAUGUUCACCGUCGAUGUGAGACCAACGUGGCUCCCAACUGUGGAGUGGAUGCCAGAGGAAUUGCCAAAGUGCUGGCUGACCUCGGAGUUACUCCAGACAAGAUCACCAACAGCGGCCAGAGGAGGAAAAAGCUCGUUACUGGUGCUGAAUCGCCCCAGCCGGCUUCUGGAAACUCUCCAUCUGGGGAUGAUCGAUCCAAGUCAGCGCCCACCUCCCCUUGUGACCAGGAACUAAAAGAACUUGAAAACAACAUCCGGAAGGCUUUGUCCUUUGACAACCGAGGAGAGGAGCACAGAGCAUCAUCAUCUACCGAUGGCCAGCUGGCCAGCCCGGGCGAGAAUGGUGAAGUCCGGCAAGGCCAGGCCAAGCGCUUGGGCCUGGAUGAAUUCAACUUCAUCAAGGUGUUGGGCAAAGGCAGCUUUGGCAAGGUCAUGCUGGCGGAACUCAAGGGCAAAGACGAAGUAUACGCUGUGAAGGUCUUGAAGAAGGACGUCAUCCUCCAGGACGACGACGUGGACUGCACCAUGACAGAGAAGAGGAUUUUGGCUCUGGCCCGGAAACACCCUUACCUAACCCAGCUCUACUGCUGCUUCCAGACCAAGGAUCGCCUCUUUUUCGUCAUGGAAUAUGUAAACGGUGGAGACCUCAUGUUCCAGAUUCAGCGGUCCCGAAAAUUCGACGAGCCUCGUUCCCGGUUCUAUGCUGCAGAGGUCACGUCUGCUCUCAUGUUCCUCCACCAGCAUGGCGUGAUCUACAGGGAUUUGAAACUGGACAACAUCCUUCUAGAUGCAGAAGGUCACUGCAAGCUGGCUGACUUUGGGAUGUGCAAGGAAGGGAUUCUGAAUGGCGUGACCACUACCACCUUCUGUGGGACCCCCGACUAUAUAGCCCCAGAGAUCCUGCAGGAGUUGGAGUACGGCCCCUCGGUGGACUGGUGGGCCCUGGGGGUGCUGAUGUAUGAGAUGAUGGCGGGGCAGCCCCCCUUUGAGGCCGACAACGAGGACGACUUGUUCGAAUCCAUCCUUCAUGAUGACGUACUGUACCCUGUCUGGCUCAGCAAGGAGGCCGUCAGCAUCCUGAAAGCCUUCAUGACCAAGAACCCUCACAAGCGCCUGGGCUGUGUGGCGGCACAGAACGGGGAAGAGGCCAUUAAACAGCAGCCCUUCUUCAAGGAGAUUGACUGGGUGCUGCUGGAGCAGAAGAAAAUCAAGCCCCCCUUCAAGCCGAGAAUUAAAACCAAAAGAGACGUCAAUAACUUUGACCAGGACUUUACCCGGGAAGAGCCGAUCCUUACGCUUGUGGAUGAAGCGAUAGUGAAGCAGAUCAACCAGGAGGAAUUCAAAGGCUUCUCCUACUUUGGCGAAGACCUGAUGCCCUGAGAAGCUGCCUCGGGUGGAUUAGCUGACGCUGCAAGGAGGGUGCUGAGAAAAUUCCACGUCGCAGAGGCUCGGAAGGUCUCGAACGUUUCCUCCUCCCCAGAGCCCCAGCCCCAUGUCCACUCUAUUUAUUACAAUCCCUCACCCCAGGCCACGUCCUUCCCUACCCUCCCAGUGACCAGAAGGCACUAUUGGGUCUGGACUCGACCAGAAACACACGAUUUGAAUUGUAUCGCUCUGUGGGUAGCUGUGUGCAGUGCGGGAAUUGGAUUGUCCGUCCGUCUGCAACCCUGAAGCAAUUCAGUUCUUUUAUUACAAAGGAAAACAAAGAAAGCCAACAGCAGGACUCUGGCUCUGCCGCUGGAUAUGGAACCCUGACUCUCCUCUCCUCUCAUCCCUCCUCCUCCCCAGCCUGUCAUCCCUACACUCCUACCUAGGACGAGACUGGUGCUUCUUCCCUGUAAGGGCAGGUGCCCCCAAGGCACGCCCUUGCUGGGAGGAGCCCAAGGAUGCUCAGGCUGACCAGCUGGGUCAGUUCGCUCUGGAAUUGCACAUUCUUGCUUGCUUUGGUUCUAGCUUUUCUGAGCAUGCCAAAGUUGUGUACGUUUGUAUCUCCUGGAAGUAAUUAUUUUGAGUUUGAACUCUUUAACAUUUCAAAAAAAACCAAACCCGUUAUCAAGUUCACUUUCUAAUUGGCCAAAAGAUAGACAUCCCAGUGUGAAUGCAGUUAGAUAUUAAAGGGCUAACGCACAGUGAGAAUCCAGUCGUCCAAAGUUUAUUAUUAGUGCUUUAGUGACACAUGAGGGCUAUGCAAAGGCAGCAAGGGAAACUCUGGCUGAUCAUCGUGAGAAUUCCCCCUGAGCACAGAGGCCGCCAGAGCAACAACUGAGACCCUGAGCUUCCAGAAAAGCUCAACUCCCAAAUUCUUGCUCCGGUUCCCCCCCUCCCCAAGUUCCCAGCAUAAACUCUAUCUUCUGUGCACUUCUACAAAAUGGCAGUACCACUGUGUUGUGGUUUGGAACAUUCGGUAUGUAAAAUGCAGUAUCUGCGUGGGAAUGUGAGGAAGGAAGCUCAGCCUGGGUCAGGCAGAAGGCUCAGAAGACUGAAGAACAAAUGGUUUGAAGACCGACAGGGUAGCCGGAUGUGGC